GCUGACUGAGAACAUGUCAGCAUGAGUAUCAGCAUGCAUGUUGUGUAUAGCUAUUCUUAUAGGCUGAAUCUAAAGUCUCACUGGCGUGAAGAGCAGUUUACAUGAAUGGUCCAAAUUCAAAAUAUGCCACCCCAAUGGCCCCAUGCUGGAAUGGAUCGACAGCGUUGGUCCCCUCAAGCCCUUUCAAAAGCAACAAUCAAGAACACAUGUUCAACGGAAAACUCUGGUUGCCCAAAGGGCGCGGACCCUGCCUGACUCCAUCUGACGCAAACAAAAGUGUGAUUCAACACACAAAAGAAUCCCUCAAGAUAAAAGGCCGAGCUUUCGUUUCCCUUCCGUCUUUUUGCCUCAACAUUCCUACCUACAAACUCGCUACGUUUCUUUUGUUUUGCACCAUGGCCGAAAUUCACGGACAAGAGCCCCAUACCUAUGAAUAUGCCAGCGCAGACCAACUGGCUGAGCGCGAUAUGGAUGAGACGCAAAAGGCGCGUUUCGAGGAGCUGAUGCACAAGCCUGCGCAUGAAUUGCGCAACAUUUUGGAAGAGCAUCACAUUGAGUACAAGGAUUGUAACGAAAAGCAAGAGUUUGCACGAAAGAUUAUGGAUCGUGUCAAAGACUGAAAGCUCUACGCAGCUUUUCUCUUCUAGUCCCGUUGCGUUGAUCCAGUUGCGUUGAUAUGGGUUUUUAGUCGUCUAGUUUGUGCUAGUGUUUUUUUGCAAUUCUGGUAGACGAGGGCAGGGUAGUUCUACUGGGUGAUUUGUUCUUUUUUGACAUAACGUUUGGUUUAUUUGGGCUUUUGGGCAACAAGAUGAAAAUGGAUUUUGGAGACAAGUUGGGCCUUCUACAAGGUUUUUUUUCCUUAUCGCUAUUGGACUUUUGGCUUCUUUUUUGGGCCUUUGAUGAAGCGACGAACCCUGGCAACAUGUAGCGUUCAAAAGUACUGCGCAAGCGACACCCA